CAUUCAUUACCUCUGUCCUCCCUCUCUCUGCUCAGAGUGAGCUCUGCUCCUCUGGUUUAUUUUGAGGUGGUCUUAUCACAGCUGUUGUAUCUGUGGUGGCAGCCUGUCCCAAGCCCCUCGACACUCUUCCUUUUCCCUCUCUGGCCCUUGCUCCUGUAUAGCUCAGAAUAAUGGAGGCUUGUCCUGCACCCACGGGUCCCGAGGCGUCGCUAGCCGAGGGUCGGCACAUUGACCUGACAGAGGACCUGGCCCAGCAGCUGGAGGACAUCAUUAGCACCUACCAGGCUGACGAGAAUCCCGCUGAGCCAGAGGACGCCGAGGAGGUCACGGCCGUCAAAGAGGCAGACACCCGCAAGGACCAGAAACUGGAGAAGAAGAUGCUCAAAAACCUAGGGAAGGAAGCCAUGCUGCUGAUGCAAAGUUUGAACAAACUCCACACUCCAGAACAGAAACUGGAAGCCAUCAUCAAGAAGCAUGCCGAGCUGUUGGAGGAGCAUCGGAGCGACCAGAAGCAGCUGAAGGUGCUGCAGAAGAAGCUGCUCCAGGUGAUGAAGGAGAAGGACCAGCUGCAGAGCGAGCACAGCCGGGCCGUGCUGGCUCGCAGCAAACUGGAGGGGCUCUGCCGAGAGCUGCAGAGGCACAACAAGACCUUAAAGGAAGAGACCCUGCAGAGGUGCAGAGAGGACGACCUGAAGAGGAAAGAGAUCACCACCCAUUUCCAGGGGACGCUGAGCGAGAUUCAGGCCCAAAUCGAGGAACACAGCAACCGCAACACCAAGCUAUGCCAGGAGAACAGCGAUCUGGCAGAGAAACUGAAGGGGCUGAUUUCACAGUACGACCAGCGAGAGGCGAACCUGGAAAAGGUUUUCAAACACAGAGACCUGAAAGAAAAGCUGCUGGAAACCAAACUCACGCAGGCCAACAUGAUCCUGCACGAGACAGAGGAGAAGCACAAGCUGGAAAAAGAGCUUCUGCUAAAACAGGCGGCAGCGUAUAAAAUGAAAUUGAAGGUCAUGAAGGAGCAAGAGAGCGAUACGAAGAUCCAGCUCGAUAUGUACUCCAAGAAGUUUGAUGAAUUCCAGGGCACGGUAUCAAAGAGUAACAGUGUCUACACCGGCUUCAAACAGGACAUGGACAAAAUGACCAAGAGAAUGAAAAAGCUGGAUAAAGAGUGCCAGUCAUGGAAGACUCGCUUUGAUAGCUGCAACAAGAGUCUCCUUGACAUGGUGUCAGAUAAAGCAAUCAAGGAAAAGGAGUUUGAGCUCAUCAACAUCAAGAACCAGAAGCUUGAGAAUCUGUGCAGGGCUUUGCAAGAGGAGAGGAAGAGUCUUUCUGAGAAGGUGCAGGGAGCUGGAAGUCAACCAGACAUCAGCACUACUGAACCAACACAGAAGGAGAGCCCUGAGGAGCUGGAGACCCCUCAAGUCCCUAAAGAGGACGACCCUGUCCAGAAUGCUGCAGCUCCCGCCUCCACUGCCCCCGUCGAGACACCAGCACCCGAAACCCCACUGUCCAAGGAACUGGCUAAACUGAAGUCUGAGCAGAGCCGCCUGAACGAGAUUGUCAGCUCUUUCACAAUCUCUCAUGUUAUACCCACAGAAACAGACGUUAGCCAAUCACAAGGACACUCUGAAGAGGAGCCAGAGGAGAACCACAUAGAGGAGAGCGAUGGCGAUCACCUCCAGGAAGUCGAGGACGACGGAUGCCAAGAACAGAGAGAUUUGGAAAUGGAGUCGGUUGAUUAAUGCUGCAACUAAUGUGGAAAAGAAAUCUGGCUCAUGUGAGAUUCACAGCAAUAAAAAGAAAAAUGCUGGCUCUGUG